UUUCACACAAUAAAAUGAUGGUUUGCAAGCAUGUUCACUUCCAAACUGAGAGGAAAUAUGACAGUACAUCCUCUUCAUUUGUGUUUUUCAGGAGGAGAAGAUGAGGGGAUGGAGGCUGACUUCUGCCUGCCGGUUGAACUGCUGCCUGCAGGCUUGUUUGACCUCCUCCUCCCCUCUUGCAAAGCCACUGAACCUGACAGAGAGAGAUGCUUUUCACACACUGCCCAGAGUCAAAGGGACUGAUGUGCACAGCAAACCUUUUAAUUGGCUGAGCUGAGCUGUGUAACAGGGUUUAAUUAGGUUAAUUGGUUAAAUGGUGGAGAACAUUGCAGCAGGUCUGGAUUUUUCUUUUUUUUCAGGUGACUAAUUCUGUUAUUUAUUUUUUCCUAAAUCUAAAACAUCUUUCCAGUAUUAAUCUGAGUACACAUAUUUCUCAUACAAGCAGCUUAAAGGUAUACAUUUAUCAGAUUUUACUACUCUUUUUUUUAACAAACUUCCAGCUCAGCAUAAAUAGUUUCGUCCUCUUAUUUCAGUCCCCACCUUGCCCUCCAAGCCAGGUCAUCCAAAGGAAACGGGAUUAUUUAGUGCUGUCUGAGCCUAAUUGUUAUUGAAUGUGGACAGUAUUUAUUCGGGAUUAUUCGGGUUAACGUGGAAAUAAUGAGGUUGCCGAUCUCGAGGCGGUGUUGGGCGGUCGGAGAGAAAUCGAUGAACACACUGAGUUAAUUAUGAGAAAUCAAUUAAACGGAGGGAGAGGGCGCUUUUAGAGAAACACCCUGCCGGCCAGAGAGACGAGGAGGGUGAGGGUCUCUGUUGCUCGGGCAUUUCUUUUUUGCUUCUUACAUUGAAAUGCUUGCUUCUCCUUUUUUUAUACAGGCGACCCUAUCGUCAUCAUAUUCCUUUAUAUAUCUCUUUAACACACGCACACGCACACACACGCACUUGACAGCAAUUGACAUCAAACAAAAGCUUUAUUUUUUCCCUCUUUUCUGCUUUCUGAGUCUCAUCCUGCAGACAGAGAUCCAUCCGUGACAUAUAUGUUUGCUUUUUUCCUCCCAAAACUCAGAGGUUGCAGGUAAAUUAAUGGAAAUCCUAUCGGUCAGGGAUGUGAACACACACACACACACACACACACACACACACACACACACACACAUACACACGUACAGGUCAAUGGGAUUUUCACCCUGAUCUUGAGUCGUAGGGUAAACACACCCAAAAAAAUCUGCUCCCUCAUGUGAACCCUGCAUAGAGACGACACGCUCGUUAUAUGAGCCAUUAUCGAUCCCUCUAAUACACCUAUAAUUCCAGAUCAAUAAAUUGCACAGGCUGUAAUCAGUUCAUUUUCAUGCACAGGUUUCACACAGGCAUUGUUUCAUACUCUAAAACUCUUUAACUUGAGCCUUAAUAAUUCAUUUAAAUCUGUUCAAACGUGAGGAUAUUUUGAUUAUUGUCAAUAUAUUCUGUAUGUUUUAUAACGUAGAAUUGACUUAGUAUGAAGUAUUUCGCUGUUCUUGCAACUGCAACAAGCUAUUUAUCCACGUUGGUUAUUCAUGAAUGAAAAUGAAAAUAAAAAACUACCUUAUCUAAAUUAUAAUAAAAUGUUUUAAUUCUACUAUCAUCAUAGCAGCGAUAUGACGACAUAAUCACGUGUUUUAUGUAUUCUGAUCGACGUGGAACCAGCAGAUCAAUGCAGAAAACAGCAGCAGGUUUUCAUUACAAUUACAUGUUCGACAAAUAUGAAUGAAUGGAAACCAGCUACUGUACAUUUAGUGCAGUUUUAUCUGCAUUUAUCUGCUUUUUGGUGACUUUUCAUGAAUUACAAAAUGAGGAGCGUCUGUCACUGCGGCCCCGCGAGCCAGACCCCGCCGCCCUGACCCCUAGGUCAAAGGUCAGCUGGCCACUCCGCCAUUACUGCAACUCAUCAGUCCCCUGCAAACACCAGGAGAACCCGGCUCGUUUUUAAUUAUGGGAUGCAGGCUACGGGGAAUUGUCAGCUCAUGUCCCGAUGGCUGUUGCCGUGGUGACCGGGGUGGCGAUAACAGCAGUUAAUGAGAUAUUAACCCCGAAUAAGGAAGAAGACAGGAAGUGAUGAGCGUUAGCAGGAAAGACUAAAGACAGGAUUCGUCAAUGGAUGACCUCGGCCUGAUCAAUAUUGUUCUGUUAUUCAGCGGCAGUAACAAGCGACGUGACCCCGUCCCUCUGAAACUGAGGAGAUAAAUCCAAUUUCUCGCAAAUAACCACAAUCAAAGGAUGGCGCCGGCAAGCGGCCUCCUCCCUUGUCUCGGAGUCCUUGCACACCAAUCUCGUCAUCCCAGAGGUUCAAAGAUGAAGAUGAUUGUGAGUGACCUGGACUUGAAAGUGAGCUGAAGGAUGGAGCUACAUAUGACCUGGAUUCAAACCUGCAACUUUACAGGUAUUUUACAAGAUAUCAGGAUGUCUAAAGCAGCAGAGGAGGAGAAGCCUGGGGCUGACUAUCCGGGGGACAGCUCAGACUCUGACAGAAACAGCCCUGAUGACCAGGUCCAGCCGAUGAAAACCAGCCCCUUCAGCCUCUCUCCCACGCCGGCUGGCAGCAAGGGAAAGACAGAGGAGAGCUCUGAGAUGACCCAUAGUGCCGUUCCUCCUGCUCCUCCUUCUCAACAGCAGCAACAGACCCAACACCACCACACACAGAUGAUGCUGGCUGGCAGUCAGCUAGCAGGGCUUGCCGCUCUCCUCCCGGCCCAGCAGCAACUGCUUCUCCAACAGGCUCAGGCUCAGCUCCUGGCGGCCGCCGUUCAGCAGUCGAACGCUGCCCACGCCGCUCACGCUGCCGCGCAGCAACAGGCCAACCAGCAACAUCAGCAGCAGAACCAAUCACAAUCUCAGCAGCAGCAGCAACAGCCAACCAAACAGGAGCAAACUGUCCAAGCCCCGCAUCCACCACCGCAGCUGGCUCUGUCGCAGCCAAUCCAGCUCACAGCCCAGGACAUCCAGCAGCUGCUGCAGCUCCAGCAACUGGUUUUGAUGCCAGGUCAUCCUCUCCAGUCUCCUGCCCAGUUCCUCCUGUCGCAGCCCGCACAGGCACAGCAGCCACAGCAGGCUUUGCUCUCAACAUCAAAUCUGAUCCAGCUACCUCAGCAAAGCCCAGGAGGACUACUGACAACCCCACCUCGCCUGGGACUCCAAGCACAGAGGGAGAAGAGCAGUGAUGUUGUUGGUGGAAGCAGCAGCGGUAGCGGCUCCAUAGUUACCACCGGUGGCAGCGGUGUCGGCGUCGUGACGUCUGUAGGAGCUACCUCAGCGUCCAGCAGCGCCAUGGCUUCCUCCUUGACCUCCGGAUUGACUCCUGGAGGUCACGGGGGUCACAUGGGGGAAGAGCCCAGCGACCUGGAAGAGCUGGAACAGUUUGCCCGCACCUUCAAACAACGACGCAUCAAGCUGGGAUUCACCCAGGGAGACGUCGGUGUGGCUAUGGGCAAACUGUACGGCAAUGACUUCAGCCAGACCACCAUCUCCCGCUUUGAAGCCCUCAACCUGAGCUUUAAAAACAUGUGCAAGCUGAAACCGCUGCUGGAGAAGUGGCUGAGUGAUGCAGAAACCAUGGCAGUAGACAACAUGCUGCCCAGCCCCUCCUCUCUCUCCUCCCCCUUGUUGGGUAUUGAGGGUCUACCCGGCCGACGCAGGAAGAAACGCACCAGCAUCGAGACCAACGUCCGUGUGGCUCUAGAGCGCAACUUCUGCACGAACCAGAAGCCUACCUCGGAGGAGAUCCUGCUGAUGGCGGAGCAGCUCAACAUGGAGAAGGAGGUGAUUCGUGUUUGGUUCUGCAACCGACGGCAGAAAGAGAAACGCAUCAACCCCUCCAGCAGCACCACCCCUCCCCUGCCCAGCCAGACCUCGCCUGUUGUGACGCACAAAGCCCCUUGCUACAGCCCGCACAUGAUAUCGAGUCAGGGUCUGUCCCAGGUCACAACCAGCCUCAGCACAACAGCCGCCAGUUUGUCACCUUCAGCAUCCUGCCCCAUGACUCCUGUCAGCUCGGCCGCUGUAGGCUCCGCCUCUUCUUCUGUGACCCCGCCCCCUCAUAGCACAGCCAGCCCCGCCCCUCCCAGCCUCGGGGCCCAUGGGCUCAACACUGGGAACACAAUGAUGGGAGUAAGCACAGGGAUGAACCAGGCCCUCAUUGGCAGCAAUCCCCUGGCUACCAUGCAAGCCCUGGCAGCCAGCAGCAGUCAGCUGUCCAUCUCCAGCCUCGAGGGGGGAGCGGGUCACAUACUUCUGGGCGGACCUGGGGGUCCCGCGGUCCCUCCUUCCCUCCGCCCUUCCCUCUUCCUCAACCGUCCCACCCUCCUCCCCAUGGUUACAGGCUCCAUGGCAACAGCCUCCACGCCUGCAAUGGGACUGGUCAGCAGCAGCGGGUGCGGCCCGAGACCAUCCUUCUCCCAAUCUCCGCCCCCCGGCGCCAGCGACCUCAUGAGCCCAACUUCGUGCCCCGAGGAGUCCGCAUCUCCUUGUUCAAGUCCCGCCUCUUUCUGUUCCUUCAGCGAAGCCUCGCCACCACCCCUGGGAGGGGCCAUGGCCGAGUGAUCCCGGACUGACAGCCAAAGUAUCCUAUCAGAGGAGGACGAGGAGGAGAAAAAGGAGGAAGCUUUAAAAAUUUAAAUUUACAACCUCGCCUUUCAACCAAAGCCAUCUCUCUGUCUGAUCCAUCUCCGAUUUCGUCUCUCUCUCUUUCUCUGUCUCCCCGCUGAAGUCUCCUGAAGCCAAAAAUAUACACAGAUGGAUGAGGGGAGGAAGCAAAGAGAGAGAAAGGAUGGAGAGGAUAGAGAGAACUGCAGAACGGAGGGGGGAAAUUUGAAACCAAAUAAUGCUACAGCUGGAGAGGUGGCACUGAAGAGUGAAACGAACACCAUGCUUUUUAUCAGCUGGAGAAAAAAAAGAAAAAAAACUUGACGAGGGCAGGGAUGAGAAGUGAAAACUGUGUGUGAAAGAUGGGAGGCAAAAAGAAAAGACUUGUUUAACAAGCUGGGAAGGUCAUGUGGUCGCAACCAAAAUUUUAAAAGAAGACGCUAGAAGAGAAACACACACUUAACAAAGAUGAAAACCAAAAUCUCCAAAUACCAAAAACUGAAAACCAAAAAGACAAAAAAACAACAAACGGAGAGAAAAGCUUUAGUUCAAAAAGACUUUUGCAUCCUGAUCUGGCCAGGAUCAGUUCAGAACUCCAUCCUACUUCAUGCCAAACAUUUUUCCAUUUCACUCAGGAUUUCUGUUAUCCUCAUUUUCAGUUGAAGAUUUACAAAAACAUCUAUUUUUCUAUUAUUUUAUAUACAUCGUUCUCUAUGUCACUUCUUGCCAAAUACACACAGUUUGAUGUUAAUGUUUUACAGCUGAUCCCACAUGCAGGAUAUCUACCUACCUCUCUAUUUACAGCUUUAAAGUGAUCAACCUACUCUACAUUACAACAGUGUUUGUUUUAACCAGCCUGGAGUAGCAGAUGGGUGGGGUUUACUACUAUAAUUACAACAACAACAACAGGUAAGAUGCUAAUUUAUACAUACUAGUAGUGUCAAAAUAACUUUUAAAAGCUUUCCUGUGAAAGCCUGAGCUUUCAUUAAAUCUUUCUAUGUGGCAAACCCCACCCGUCUGGCACUUAAAUAGGAUAAAACCAACCGUACAUGUUGGGAAAUCCCAUUUUGCAUGGGUCUGCUAUGAGUUGAAGUCGCCAUAUUGGUCAAAAUCUGUUAUUUAUUUACCUUUUUUAUUAUCUUUUCUCUGACAAAAAGAGCAUUACUAUCAGGAUUUCCAUCACCAUUAUCAUCAUCAUCAUCAUUAUCAGUAUCCUUGUUGUUUUCUUUAAUGUUUGUUCAAAUCAAAGUACUCAACAGUGUUAAUACUGCCUACAAAGAGGGUACAAACACACCACCGGCAGAUGUGGACAAACAGUCUUAGGGUUGUUUCAGCACUAUUUGCCUUCUUUUAUUUAUUAUCGCCCCCAUACGCACCCAUAUCAUCAUCAUGUCAUCUUCCAGACUGCUCAUCUACCACCAGACAGUCACUCUUGGAUACCAAAGCAUCGCCUCUGGCAGCGUUGUCUCUGGAUUCGCCCGGGAGACGAGUGUCCAGACAAAACCUCAGCCGUGUCAAAGGGAAACACACACACAUACACACACAUACACACACACACACACAGACUAGAAGCAUAAGAAAGAGUCCAA